GUGCCGAGCGCCGACAGGGUCUUGUGUAUGCUAUGCUAUGCCCGGGCAGAUCAGCCGCCGCCACAGUGCUACAGUACGCCAGCUUUCUGAGCAACCGGGGGCUGUUGAUCAACUUAGUGGUAAUGGAUCUGGCGUAGUCAGUCUACCUGGUCUUCGAAGGUCUUACUAGCUGGCCUUCUCUUCAACAUGGGAUGAACCGCUUAAGAGGGGAGGAUAGAAGUAGCUACGAUGGAAGCAGCUACUACAAGAGAUAGAAACAGAGUCACUAGGCCGCUGUCAUUGCCUUCGUCCCCUUUCAGCAUCCAGAGCCGAGGUUGAACCCAAUGGGCUAUCGAAAAGUGAAAUGAGUGGCUUGAGGGUAUUUCCCCAGAAAGGUCCUCACGGCGCCGCCACAAACCUUACAUAGCCGAUCCUUGCAUCUCGCUAAUGCAGAAAUCGUCCUCCUUGCUCUUCUUCCAGACUAGUGAGGUGCCAACAAAGCUAGCUAUGUUGCAGAGAACCGCUUCCAUAUGACCCGGGGCAGCCAGGCGGUAAACACUUAGGUUCAUGUUCUAAACCUCUGGGAUGCAAAUACAAAUAGGAUGAGGAAUCCCCCUCGUAUCUAGUCGAUAUCCCGCUCAUUACUAACACUACCACCAAGCACAAUGACCAUUGUUCUCAAGACCCUCGCCGUUGCCGCUUUGGCCUGCGCUGCUCCCCUGGACUUGGGGCCUCGCGUCACCUGCGUACCGGGCCUUUACAUGAUUGUUGCCCGUGGUUCGUUGGAGCCUGCUGGUGAGGGCCGCAUUGGCGCCAUAACGAAGGCGGUUAAGGCGCAAGUCCCCGGGUCCAGCAGCGUGGCCGUGGACUAUCCUGCAACCAUUGUGAGCGGCACGCUAUACCCUGAAUCCGUCUACGAGGGCAUCAUAGACGCAAAGAAGAAGGUCCACAACUACGUCGCUACCUGCGGAGACGAUAGCCGCAUUGUCUUGAUUGGAUAUAGCCAGGGCGGCAAUGUCAUUUCGGAUAUGCUGGCUGGCGGUGUGUUGAAGCCGAUGCCUCUUGAUGCAACCUACCGCAACUACAUCAAAUCGGUCGUCACGUUUGCUGACCCGACGUUUGCUGCCAACCAGACUUACGAUUACGGCACCAAUGCCAAAGGCAGUGACGGCAUCUUUUCACGCUCCAGCAGUGCGUCAGAGACCGCCCUGCUCGAACCGUACGCCGACAUCAUGGCUGCAUACUGCGAUGCCAACGAUUCCAUCUGUGCAAGUGGCCAGUCCACAGCGGUCCAUCGUGUCGAGGUGGAAAACCAUGCGCAAGAGGCGAUUGAUUUCAUCGUGGCUCACCGGUAGUGUGUGAGUCUAGUACAUAGCGUGUAUAUAACAACUAUACCUGUAGAUAAGAAUUAGCGAAUGUAAAUACAAAGUAUUCUUUGCAACGAUGAUGAAUGGAGAGGAAAGCAGCUGCUGCUGCUCCGUCUUAGCGCACUUUCAGGGCACAUGGCCGUUUGGUUUAGCGGGUCUGCCACGCGCCAAAAAAC